AUGACGCCGAAAGGAGGUGGAGCGCUGGGCUCAGCUGGUCCGUUGGAUGGCGAGGAACGGCGGGGGAUGGAGCGAUCGCACACCGGCGAUCGUAAAACCACAUUUGUGAAGAGGCAUCUUACUGGCGAGUUCGAGAAGAAAUAUGAGCCCACCAUUGGUGUUGAAGUUCACCCUCUGGAUUUUAGCACUAACUGUGGCAAAAUUCGCUUCUAUUGCUGGGACACUGCUGGUCAAGAAAAGUUCGGUGGCCUCAGGGAUGGCUACUACAUUCAUGGUCAGUGUGCCAUCAUUAUGUUUGAUGUGACUUCGAGGCUGACAUACAAGAACGUGCCAACAUGGCACAGGGACCUGUGCAGGGUGUGUGAGAACAUCCCCAUUGUUCUGUGUGGUAACAAGGUUGAUGUAAAGAACAGGCAAGUCAAGGCCAAGCAAGUUACAUUCCACAGGAAGAAGAACUUGCAGUACUAUGAGAUUUCUGCCAAGAGCAAUUACAACUUUGAGAAGCCCUUCCUUUACCUUGCAAGGAAGCUGGCAGGGGAUCAGAACCUUCACUUUGUCGAGGCUGUUGCUCUGAAGCCACCAGAAGUGCAGAUUGAUAUGGCCAUGCAGCAGCAGCACGAAGCUGAGCUUGCUGCUGCCGCUGCGCAACCCCUCCCUGAUGACGAUGAUGACCUGAUCGAAUAG